AUUCUUUCGUGGCAGCUCUCUAUAGUGAGGCGGAAAGCUGUCUUCAAUCAUUAUUCAUCACCCUGCUGUUGGAACCAGAAGAAGACAGGAAAAAAGGUUAAUCAUGAAGAUAACCUAUCUUGUCAUCGCUCUUGGAUUGCUUUGCACUUUUGCUUACGCUCAAGCGAAGCUUGAAGAUGGGGUUAUGAAAGAAUCCGAUGAAAAAAUCUCUCCAGAGGAAAACAUUGGAAAAGAACUAGUAGAAAAUGAUAAUCAAAACUCAGAAAAUGAUGAUGAAGACCCAGCAAAUGAUGAUGAAGACCCAGCAAAUGAUGAUGAAGACCCAGCAAAUGACGAUGAAGACCCAGCAAAUGAUGAUGAAGACCCAGCAAAUGAUGAUGAAAACUUCGAAAACGAUGACGAAAAUUCCGAAAAUGAUGACGAAAAUUCCGAAAAUGACGAUGAAAACCCGGAAAACGACUUAGAAGAAAAUGAUGAUGGACAUGAACUGUCAGAGGAUAAUGCUAAUGUGAAAGCAGAUCCAAGUGUAGAAAGCGUUUUUUCCGUCGUCGUCGUUUCAUUAGUCGUCGUCGUCGUUUCAUUAGUCGUCGUCGUCGUUUCAUUAGUCGUCGUCGUCGUUUCUUUAGUCGUCGUCGUCGUUUCUUUAGUCGUCGUCGUCGUUUCUUUAGUCGUCGUCGUCGUUUCUUUAGUCGUCGUCGUCGUUUCAUUAGUCGUCGUCGUCGUUUCUUUAGUCGUCGUCGUCGUUUCUUUAGUCGUCGUCGUCGUUUCUUUAGUCGUCGUCGUCGUUUCAUUAGUCGUCGUCGUCGUAUUUUCUAUCGUCGUCGUAUUUUCUAUCGUCGUCGUAUUUGCCGUUGCCCUUCGCGUCGUUAUUACCGAAUACGUUUUAUGUUCCGAAGACGUUAUGCAUACCGUCGUUUUGUACGCCGUACACCUGUUUCGGGCUAAUAUGGCAAAACCCAGUAAGGAUCCUGUGGAAUGUGUAGCGAUUAAUAAAAAACAUUCAUUUGAUUCUAGACGUACUUUAAAUUGGCAUUGUUGUAUGAUUUGCCUGUAGAAAAUAGAUGUUUGCAUUAAUCA